AUGACAAAAUAUAUCCUUGUUUCCGGAGGUGUUGUUAGCGGGAUCGGGAAAGGUGUUAUCGCCUCCUCAACAGGCCUACUCCUCAAAACCGCAGGCCUCAAGGUUACAGCAAUUAAAAUAGAUCCUUACAUGAACAUAGAUGCCGGUACGAUGCGACCAACAGAACAUGGUGAAGUCUACGUUUUAAAUGAUGGCGGUGAGGUGGAUCUAGACCUGGGGAACUAUGAAAGGUACCUCGACGUAACACUAUCCAAAGAUAACAAUAUUACCACGGGCAAAAUUUAUCGCGAAGUUAUUGAAAAGGAACGGAGAGGGGAGUACCUUGGAAAAACGGUGCAGAUAGUGCCGCACGUGACGAACGCCAUUCAAGAUUGGAUACAGCGUGUUUCCAAGAUACCGGUGGACGAAUCGGGAGAGGAACCUGAUAUCUGUAUCGUGGAGCUGGGCGGCACUGUCGGAGACAUUGAAUCGGCGCCGUUCAUAGAGGCGAUGCGCCAAUUUCAAUUUCGCGUUGGACAUGAUAACUUCGCACUAAUCCAUGUUUCACUUGUGCCCGACAUGCACGGUGAGCAAAAAACAAAACCGACUCAAACUACUGUCCAUGCGUUGCGUGGGCUCGGUCUGCUCCCUGACUUAAUCGCGUGCCGGUUAUUGGGACGCCAGCCCCUUGAAUCCUCCACCAAGGAUAAAAUUUCGAUGUUCUGUCACGUUGCGUCGGAGCAGGUGAUAGGUGUCCAUGAUGUCUCGUCUGUCUACCACGUCCCUCUCCUUUUGCAGUCACAACGAAUUAUUGAGUAUCUCCGUAAGCGGCUUAAUCUCGCAAAUUUGAACAUCACGGAGGAGUGGGUUUCCAAAGGGCUGUCCUUGGAGAUGAAGUGGAGAGCCGUGACAAAAGGGUACUAUAAUUCUUUUCCUAUCAUCGCUUCUCAUUUCCCAUUGUUCAGGCAAGAACGCCUCUUCGACGAGGUCAAAAUUGUCCUUGUUGGGAAGUACACCGAUCUAAAGGACUCGUACAUGUCCGUCAUCAAAGCCCUUGAACAUUCUGCGUUCCGCGUUCGCAGGAAACUCAUCAUUCAGUGGGUUGAGUCAUCGGACCUGGAGCCUUCAACGCAGGAAUCUGAUCCUGCUAAAUACCACGAUGCUUGGCGAGCAGUUGUUGGUGCUGGCGGUAUUCUGGUUCCCGGUGGGUUCGGAAAGCGCGGCACGGAAGGUAUGAUUCUUGCCAUCAAAUGGGCACGAGAGCAGAAAGUCCCUUUCCUUGGUAUCUGCCUGGGCUUCCAGAUGGCUGUGAUAGAAUGGGCACGUAACGUGCUCGACAUACCAGAUGCUCAUUCGGCUGAGCUCGUUCCCGACACGCAGAAUGCUUUUGUCAUUUUCAUGCCGGAGAUCUCACGCACUCAUAUGGGCGGAACAAUGCGCCUGGGUCUUCGACCCACUGUAUUCGACCGUGACUUCGAGACUUGGUCCAAGGCUCGCAAGUUAUACGGCGGCAAUGAAAAAAUGUGGGAAAGGCAUCGACACCGAUACGAGGUCAACCCGGAACAGGUACAGCGUCUGCAGGAGAGCGGUCUUACAUUUGUGGGCAAGGACGAAAAAGGGGAGAGAAUGCAGAUCCUUGAACUCAAAGAUCACCCAUUUUUCAUGGGUUUACAAGCCCAUCCUGAACUGUGCUCGAGACCACUCAAUCCUUCACCGCCCUUCUUAGGCUUCAUUGCGGCAUCUUGCGGACAAUCUGAUUUAGAAGAACAGAUUGAAGCGCAACUGAAAUCCUUCCGCCCACCUCACCCCGAACAUUCGAUGGUUAGUGAAGAGGCGCUGAGGACAAGCACGCAGGAACAUCCGAUUGUCAAUGGUGUCGGAACUAUGACACCACCAACCGACUAAAAAUGGCAUAGAUAUCACUCGCCAUUCCAACUUCACGCGCUUACUAUCUUCCUCACGAUGUCUCGGUCGAGGGGGUGUGCUAGAGUUUAAUAUUCACCCUUCGUCAU